GACGUCGGCGGUGACGCGAGGCACGCAGCCGAGCCCUACCGAGCCGAGCGGCCGGGCUGAGGUGGCCGGCUCCCGGGGCUCGGGGCUCCGAGCUGGCGGCCGCUCGGGAAGGAGAAGCCGGGCCGGGUUGGGCCGGGCCGGGGCGCCCGUCCCUUCCUCCGGUCAGUCCCGCCAUGCAGGGCCCUGCUGGCAACGUAAGCCGCGGACUGACGGGCGGGCCACCCCCCACGGCCUCGGCCGGGGCCGGCGAGCGGGGCUGCGAGAACGGCGCCUUCAUGGACAGCUUCGGGAUCUUCCUGCAGGGUCUGCUUGGAGUCGUGGCCUUCAGCACCUUAAUGCUCAAACGCUUCAGAGAACCAAAGCAUGAAAGGCGUCCAUGGAGGAUAUGGUUUCUAGACACUUCAAAACAAGCCAUAGGAAUGUUGUUCAUUCACUUUGCAAAUGUCUAUUUAUCAGACCUCACUGAAGAGGACCCUUGUUCACUGUAUCUUAUCAACUUCCUCCUUGAUGCCACCUUGGGGAUGCUGCUAAUCUACGCAGGGGUGCGAGCUGUCAGUGUCCUGGUGGAGUGGCAACAGUGGGAGUCCCUCCGCUUUGGCGAAUAUGGAGACCCACUGCAGUGUGGUGCCUGGGUUGGGCAGUGUGCUCUGUACAUCGUGAUCAUGAUGUUUGAGAAAACCAUCAUCAUCAUCGUCCUCCUAAUACCUCAGUGGAAAAAGGUAGCUCUUUUGAAUCCUAUAGAGAACCCCCAGCUGGAACUGGCCAUCGUCAUGCUGAUAGUUCCUUUCUUCGUCAAUGCAUUAAUGUUUUGGGUUGUGGAUAAUUUCCUUAUGAAAAAGGGAAAGACAAAAGCUAAGCUAGAAGAAAAAGAAGGCAGCUUGGACUCCAGAAAUGGAAGCAAAGUUCGGUACAGACGGGCUGCAUCCCAUGAAGAGUCAGAGUCAGAAAUUCUGAUGUCUGCUGAUGACGAGAUGGAAGAGUCAGAUGCAGAUGAAGACCUCCGAAGACUGACCACUUUGAAGCCUGUGAAAAAAAAGAAACACCGAUUUGGACUGCCUGCCAUGGCAGUCGAAGCCCCCGUCAAAAAGAAGCGACCUCCCAUGAAGGAGGAGGACCUGAAGGGAGCCCGAGAUACUCUUUCUAAGAACCAAGAGAUCAAAUCCAAGACCUACCAGGUCAUGCGAGAAUGUGAGGAAGCUGGCUCCACUGCCCCGUCUGUGUUCAGCCGAAGUCGGACAGGAGGAGAGACUGUUUUCGAGAAGCCCAAGUCUGGGCCCGCCAAGAGUGUCUUUGGCUAAGGACUUCCAUGCUGUUUCCUGUCCCUGUUCAUCCUUCCCUCCCCCACCCCCCACCUCACAUAUGAACUCCUGCACCAGCCCUAAUAUGGAUAGCAAAGGAGACACUUUUUUUAAAGCACUUUUUUAAAAUACACAAAAUGUCCACUACUUUCCCCCCUUAAAGUGCAGGGUCCAGGAGCUGGGCUCUGGAUCCAGGAUCUUAGGCACCUUCUGCUUCCCUUGAUUCCCCAGAAUGGACCCCACAGACACAAGGAUGCAUGAAAAUCUUUGAAACAUCAAUAAAUCAAAGUAAUCAGAGCUGUUUGGGGACCCUGUACUCUUCUGCCCUUGAUCCAAACCCAGAUUGUAGUCCAAGGGCCAGGACAGGAGGGGAGAAAGCUUCAAAUGUGGACAGACACAUUUUUGUACAGGGAAAUCAGUUGCUGCUCUUUGUCCACAGCCCCAGCCUCUUCCCUUCUUCUCCCUCGAAACCCUCAACAUUCUGCUCCACAAAUUGUUCUCGAGUCCGCUGCCCCCAGAGCUUAGACCACCAUGGGGGAAGCUACACAGCCUGGAAGUGUGGGGAACAAUGAAGACACUGGUGGGGCUGGAAUAAAGGAUUGUGUGUAGGAGAAACAGAA